UUGAGUAUUGCUUCCAUCUUACCACACAGCUGAAGAAUGGAAUCCUAAGCACGUCUGUUGUGACCUAUGCACACACAAAUCCCAACCCUCCAGAAAAGGUACAAGUUUCUCAUCUCACUAGUGUCUCGGUCUCUUUGAGCUGGGAUACACCAGCUGGUGAAGUGUGGGGAUAUAGUGUGAUCUGUUCUUGUGAUGGGAAGACUGUUCAAGAAAUGACAACACAAUCAAACAGCCAUACCUUUUCCAGCCUGAUACCAGGGGUGGAGUAUUGCUUCCAUCUUUUCACACAGCUGGAGAAUGGAAUCCUAAGCAAGUGUGUUGUGACCUCUGCACACACAAACCCCAUCCCUCCAGAAAAUAUAACAAUUUCUCAGGUCACGAGUGUCUCAGUCUCUUUAAGUUGGGACACACCAGCUGGUGAAGUGUGGGGUUACAACAUGAGCUGUUCCUGUGAUGACGAGACUGUCCAAGAGAUGACAACACACUCAAACAGCCAUACCUUCUCCAGCCUGACACCAGGAGUGGAGUAUUGCUUCCAUGUUUCCACACAGCUGAAGAAUGGAACCCUAAGCGAAUCUGUUGUGACCGAUGCAUACACAAAGCCCAACCCUCCAGAAAAGAUGCAAAUUUCUCAGGUCACUAUUGACUCAGUCUCUUUGAGUUGGAACACACCAGCUGGUGAAGUGGGGUGUUACAAUCUGAGCUGUUCCUGUGAUGGGAAGACUGUCCAAGAGGCAACAACAGACUCAAGCAGCCAUACCUUCUCCAGCCUGACACCAGGAAUGGAGUAUUGCUUCCAUGUUUCCUCACAGCUGAAGAAUGGAAUACUAAGCAAAUCUGUUGUGAUCUCUGCACACACGAAGCCCAUUCCUCCAGAAAAGAUAACAAUUUCUCAGGUCACGAUUGACUCGGUCUCUUUAAGUUGGGACACACCAGUUGGUGAAGUGUGGGGUUACUGUGUGAGCUGCUCAUCAGAUGGGAAAACUGUCCAAGAGGUGACAAAACACUCAAACAGCCAUACCUUCUCCAGCCUGACACCAGGAGUGGAGUAUAAUUUCCAUCUAUCCUCACAGCUGAAGAACGGAAUCCAAAGCAAGUCUGUUGAGACCUCUGCACACACAAAGCCCAACCCACCAGAAAAUAUACAAGUUUCUCAGGUCACGAGUGACUCAGUCUCUUUGAGUUGGGACAUAGUAGUUGGUGGAGUGGAGGGUUACAGUGUGAGCUGUUCCUGUGAUGGGAAGACUGUUAAAGAGCUGACAACACACUCAAACAGCCAUACCUUCUCCAGCCUGACACCAGGAUUGGAGUAUCACUUCCAUGUUUCCACACAGCUGAAGAAUGGAAUCCUAAGCGAAUCUGUUGUGACCUCUGCACACACAAAGCCCAGCCAUCCAGAAAAGAUACAGGUAUCUCAGGUCACAAGUGACUCAAUCUCUUUGAGCUGGGACACACCGGCUGGUGAAGUGUGGGGUUAUAACAUAAGCUGUUCCUGUGGUGGGAAGACUCUCCAACAGAUGACAACACACUCGAACAGUCAAACCUUCUCUGGCCUGACACCUGGAGUGGAGUAUUGCUUCCAUGUUUCCACACAACUGAAUAACGGAAUCCUGAGCAACGCUGCUGUGACCUCUGCACACACAAAACCCAAUCCUCCAGAAAAGAUACAGGUAUCUCAGGUCACAAGUGACUCAAUCUCUCUGAGCUGGGACACACCAGCUGGUGAUGUGUGGGAUUAUAGUGUGAGCUGUUCCUGUGGUGAGAAGACUGUCCAAGAGAUGACAACACACUCAAACAGUCAUAUGUUCUCCGGCCUGACACCAGGAGUGGAGUAUUGCUUCCAUGUUUCCACACAGCUGAAGAACGGAAUCCUAAGCAAGUCUGCUGUGACCUCUGCACAAACAAAAACUACCAUGGAGAAGCUGAUAGAAGACGUAACAACACAACAGGCUUCCACUGGGCAGUGUUCCUCAGAUCCAGCAUAAGACGACUAUUGCUGAUGAAUCUGCUAAAUGUCACUCAGAUCUCCCCUGGUGUUUUCUAAAGAGAUUAAAAGUAUGUUAUGUAACAGCUAAGGAUGUGAGGUUUGCACCAGUAUCUGUGUAAACACAUGAUGCUUCCAUGUAAAGUACACAUUUAUAUCUAGAUACUAUGUUCAAAUCUAAAUUCAUGUGACUUGAUAAGACCUUUAGCUGUUGUCAAAACUCUCAUUUCCCUGCUUAAAUUAUUUCCUACAGCAAGAAAUAAUGUUGAAAAUAUAGCUUUGUGCUUUUUUAUAGUGACACACAUCAAUCCAUGCUUAUGCUCUGGGUCACAAAAGACACUGUAAAAAAAAAAGUACAGUUCAAAUACAAUGAGAGGGACUUUUAACAAAUGAGAUCACACAAUGGCUCAGCAAAUGGCUGACAGCAUCAUUACAAUUUACAGUUUGUCUGUGGCAUUGUGCAAGCAAAACACAGUUACCAGGCCAGUUAAGUCCUGGAGAUCCUACACCUGACGGAUGAGAGGCUGGUUAACAAUAUAGAUUGUCAGCUAGAUGUCCCCUUGAUGUUUCUCUGAAAAAAACACAUUUGUUGAAUGGCAACUAGAGAGCUUCAGAAAAUGGAUGCAGAUGUCAUACAAAAAAAAUCCUCUCGAAUGUCUCAAUAAAAACAAAAGCAAGUACUGUACUGAUUUUAAGGAUCUUCUCCACAAAUGUGACCAGUGUCAAAAGAAAGCAAAGGAAUUCUCAAAACUCUGUCUGAGGCCUACAGUGGAGGCUUAUGUUUCCAGUUCAGGUAAAAAGUCAGCAAAAUAUACUACUGUAGUGGUUAUAGGGAUACAUAAUUCCCCUUAUUGAGCUAGUAGGAACGUCGGUUUACAGCUGCUGUUUUUUUGGUUCGGGUUUACUGUGAUACACUUCCGCUGCGCGGGUUUUUUGGGUUGUUGUUGUAAUGGUGAAGGAAUAAAUGGUGCACGUUGUGUAACCGAAA